UUUCCCUCUAUAUAGAUCUUUAAAUUCCAUAACACAUAAUACCAAUUUACUCCCAUUCAACCUCCAAUGGAAGCUCAUCAAUUUGAGAAGCUCCAUCAUCAACAAUAUCAUUCCUUCUCAAUCCCAGUUGAUUCCAAUGGCAAGGCCACUCAGUUCAAGCCCUUCUCAGCCUCAUCCCCUCACAUGCUUGCCUUCCACCUUGCAUGGUUCUCCCUCUUCUCAUGCUUCUUCUCUACCUUCUCCAUCCCCCCUCUCCUCCCCGUCAUCCGGGCCGACCUCCACCUCUCUGCCUCCGAUGUUGGGAUAGCUGGCAUCGCCUCCUUCACCGGUGCCAUCCUCUCCCGCCUCGCCAUGGGCCCUGCCUGCGACCUCUUCGGCCCCCGUGUGGCCUCUGCUGCCCUCUCGCUCCUCACUGCCCCAGCCAUCCUGGCUGCCUUGCUUGUUUCUUCUGCCCGGGGGUUCGUCGUUGUCCGGUUCCUCGUCGGGUUCUCCCUGGCCAACUUCGUGUCCAACCAGUUCUGGAUGAGCUCGAUGUUCUCGGGCCAGGUUGUGGGCCUGGCCACGGCUGUGUCGGCAGGCUGGGCCAACGCGGGCUCAGGCCUGGCCCAGCUCAUCAUGCCGCUCAUCUACUCCUCCCUCGGAACAGCCCUACACUCAUCGUCCUCCACUGCCUGGCGGCUCUCAUUCGUCUUCCCUGCCCUCUUCCAGGCCCUGACCGCCAUCCUGGUACUGGCAUUCGGCCAGGACCGCCCUUACAGCGGUUCCAACGCUAACCCGAUAAAGCUGAACUCCUCCUUCUCCUCAAAGGACACCAAGUUCCUGAGUGUCCUCCUCCACGGGCUCAAGAACUACCGGGGGUGGAUCCUCGGGCUAACUUACGGUUACUGCUUCGGGGUUGAGCUGACCACAAACAACAUCCUUGCCCAGUAUUUCUACGACCGUUUUGGUCUGAGCCUACGCACAGCGGGGCUAAUCGCAGCCUGCUUUGGGGCCGGGAACAUCAUAUCGCGGCCAGCAGGGGGGGCGGUGUCUGAUGAGCUGGGGAGGCGGUUCGGGAUGAGAGGACGGCUGUGGGGGCUGUGGGCGGUCCAAACGGCAGCCGGGCUGCUGUGCCUCUUGCUAGGGAGGGUGAGUUCUCUGUGGGGAUCCAUCGUGGUGAUGUGCUGCUUCUCUUUCUUCGUUCAGGCUGCCUCCGGGCUCACGUUUGGCGUUGUUCCAUUCGUCUCUAAAAGGUCUCUGGGAGUUAUAUCGGGGAUGACAGGGAGCGGAGGUACCAUAGGAGCAGUCGUGACCCAGCUGCUGCUGUUCUCAGGGUCCUCCGGGCUCUCGAAGCAGACGAGCAUCUCUCUCAUGGGCCUCGUGAUGAUCGUCUGUACUCUGCCCAUCACCCUCAUCUACUUCCCAGAGUCAGGAGGGAUGUUCUGCAGGCCCUCUGAACACCUGGACUCGGGCCUUGAAGAAUACUACCUGCUGUCUUGAGUUGAACUGGGGGCGGGUGCAUAAGUUUGAUACCAAUCUCCAUGCUCUGAACGGCUGAAAUAGAGAAGGAUUGUCACAUGCGCAGAGCAUAUAUUGCCAUCAUGUUAGUAUAGAAUUGAUUAUGUAUUAUCACAUGCUGUUAGUAUAGAAUUGAUUAUGUACAGAACGGAGGGAAAAAGAAAUUUGGUCUUCUGUGAGGAAAUGAUCAAUUUAUUCUAUGAAGUUGUAGCUCAAAGAAGCUAGAUUGGUGGUUGACAAAAGUUUCUCGGAAGCAUGUUUCUGGAAAUUAUAGAAAUCCACUGGAAAAAGCCAUUGAGGGAUAGCUAAUACCUUCCAGGCGAUCCAUACAAUUUUUUAAUUCGAGUAGGAUUUUCAGUACCAGACAGGAUCUGGAUCACGAGCUAAAGAGUUUUAGAUCUAAACAGUAGAAUUUACCUUA